AUGGGAUACCAAGCCAAGGCAAGCCAAAGUCAAGUACCUUUUUCGCACUUGAGCCAACACCUAGCUAAGCAGCACCGGUCCCCUUUGUCGCUCCGGUGGCAGCCUGUCAGCGAUAUACCGAAGAGUGACACAGUGCCUUCCAUUCUCUCCUUUCCCCCACCCACCGUCGCGAAGAAAGCGCCUGCAGCCUCCCCGUGCUCCUCUGAAAAAGUUUCCCCUUCUGCUUGGAUGCUGGGCUCUCCCCUACUCAGCCCUUGCACCCCCAUCCAUAAGCGAGCGGAAACUCAAGCUGCACGACAUCCCAUUGGCCCAACAUCAGCUAAGAACAGGCCCCUAGACGCAAGUGCAGAGUGCAGAUGUGCAGGGCAGGUUGCAGGGCGGGCUAAAGCAGUCAAGUUGGUGGGCGGAGAACAGGCCAGCGCAGCGACCCAGCGGAGCCAGUCAGUGCAGGAACAGGAGCCCCCCGAAACGAUGGAGAGAGAGACUACGAGUGCCCAGGUGCACUUUACCAGGUUCCGCCGUUACUCCUGCAUUUUGGAGGUGAAUUCCAUCAGCCCAGCAGCAUUGGUCCAAUGUCUUUUUUUCCCCUUCCGCCCCCUUCCCCAUCGCUUCCCAAUCCCAAGACCAGGCAUUCUUUUCUUUCGCUGCAUCACCAGCUUCCUGUCCAACUUCGACCCUCCUUCGCUUUGCGAUCGCCGUAUCUAUCAGCAGACACCUGACUGCCAACAGCUCUGCGUACGCGCGGAGUCAACAUCGUCCCGUCUCGCCCAACACCCAGCCUCCUUUCGUUUCUCACCCCUCGCUCCCUUACCACCUUACUCGCUUCACUGCGCCGACGAGGAGGACCGCAAUAAAAAAAAAAGACGAGGUCGAACAUCGCAGGACGCUCCUCGCCUCAGCAACGCGCGCUACCCCGGGCACACUCCACCGAUGCGAACCCAGCCAUCCGCACACUCGAGCGUCGACUCCCUUUCCCGUUCCUGCGUAUCUGCUGCGUUCCUGCAUCCGCUGCAUCUCCAUCGCGCCUCACCCGACUCGGCUUCACAGCGAACUGGCGAUAGCACCCACUACCCGCAUCAUCGACUCCACGACUAA